AUGUCUCACACGCUGGAAAUUGAAGACCCCAAAAGACCUUAUGUCUUUACCAACGGGCGGGCAAGCACCUUCGUGAUUGCUGACCAUCCCUCCUUACCAGAUGCGGCCGAGUAUCGAACAGGCACAAAACUUUGGCUUCUCAUGAUCACCCUGGAGGCGCCGACGAUGUCAUGCUUAGGACCUCGGUCAUGCUGUUUGCGCAGUCUUUGGUCCGCGGUCGCGAUUGCUAUCGAUCAGGUUCUCUUCGUCAACCAGCUCUCACACAAUCCUAGUGGUGUGGUCCCGGGUCCGAGUGGAAAAAACAUCAACAGCACGGGGCUGAUGCAGAUCAUCGCAAGCCUGCCACCUGUUGAGCCUACGGCAGCGAUGAUCGCGUUCGAUUGCAGUAUCAUUCAGACAGGGUAUCUGGUUGUUGGGCUGGCGUGUGCGACCUUGGGGGAGAGUUUGUUGAUCGAGUGGGGCAACGCGUCGCCGGCAUAUCAGGCCGUCCGGCCCCUCACAAACCUCUAUUUCGGCGGUACAACCCUGGGCUGGGUGACCCACUAUGUCGGAAUGGGGUAUAUCUCCAUGAAGCACAAGAGCUACGCCAUGGCGAUCAUGAAUUUGCAAUGA